CCAUAUCGAUCUCUCGCCACCCUUUUCUAAUCUGGUCUGAGUCGAGAGGGGGAAAUGCGGGAAAGUGGCAGGGUGCGCCUUGUAGUCCUCGUAAUCCAGCUCGAAGGUCCAAAGUGCCGUGUCUUCGUCAUGAACAAUGUUCGAUGCUUGACACUUGCCGGUCAUCUGGCAGGUCAGGCAAGUUCGGGGGAGCACGUGAAUCAGUAACGUCACCUUUGACCUUCGAAGGCUUCCGCCUAGGUCAAAGCUUGAGCGAAGCAGGCAGAUGCGCAAGCGCAGCGUGCCAGGCUCGAGGUAAGCUCUGUAAGCGCUCGAAGCACGGGCUAGACUUUGUCACCGCACUUCCGCCAAGUGGCCCUCAUUUACGCUGGAUAAAGGUCUCAAUGUACAGGGGUCGCAGCCUGACGGAAAUAUCGCGUAUAUUCCUGUCGAUUAAGUAGGCUAAGCCGGAAGCCGCUCC